UUCUUUCGAGUGAACUCACUUUCCGAACGGGGCGCUGUUUGGGACGCGGCCCCGAGCGCACUGGGGUUUCCUCCGCUUUUGCACGUUUUUUUCUCCCUUCUUUUAUUUUUUCUUUCGAUUUUGACGCAGGUUUCAGGUCCAGCUCGGUGUGAUGAGGCGGCAGGACGCGCAGACGGCGAUCUCGGCGACCCCCUUGUGAUUUCCGGUGGACUCCCCGUUAAACCCCCCCCACUGUUUGUCGUAGUUUUCAUGACACGGACGCGGCCUGGGCUCGGCUCGUACAUGUAGAGCGUGGCGGCGACGAUGCCCGUCCAAGCGCCGCAAUGGACCGAGUUCCUGCUGUGUCCCAUCUGCACGCAGACGUUCGAGGAGACGGCGCGGAGGCCCAUCAGCCUCGGCUGCGGCCACACCGUCUGCAAGAUGUGCCUGAACAAGCUGCACCGCAAAGCCUGCCCCUUCGACCAGACGGCCAUCAACACCGACAUCGAGCAGCUGCCUGUCAACUCGGCGCUCCUGCAGCUAGUCGGGGCGCAGGUGCCCAAGCCGCAGCCUGUGGCGCUGAUCACCAGCCCGGAAGACACCAAGCAUUAUGAUGAGGCGCGGCAGUGUGUGGAGGAGCUCGCCCUCUACCUCAAACCUCUCAGCAAUGCAAGAGGCAUGGGGUUGAGUAAUGCGGCACAGAGCAUGCUCAGCAGACCCAUGCAGAGGAAGCUGGUGACCCUGGUGCACUGCCAGCUGGUGGAGGAAGAGGGGCGUGUACGUGCCAUGCGUGCCGCCCGGUCGCUGGGCGAGCGCACCGUCACAGAGCUCAUCCUGCAGCACCAAAACCCCCAGCAGCUCUCCUCGAACCUGUGGGCUGCCGUCCGUGCCAGGGGCUGCCAGUUUCUAGGGCCAGCCAUGCAGGAGGAGGCCUUAAAGCUGGUCCUGCUGGCUCUGGAGGACGGAUCCGCUCUGUCCAGGAAGGUGCUGGUUCUGUUUGUAGUGCAGCGCCUGGAGCCCAGAUUCCCACAGGCUUCCAAAACCAGUAUCGGACAUGUGGUCCAGCUGCUUUACCGUGCCUCCUGCUUCAAAGUGACCAAGAGAGACGAGGACUCGUCCCUGAUGCAGCUGAAAGAGGAGUUCAGAACGUACGAGGCUCUGCGGCGGGAGCACGACUCUCAGAUCGUCCAGAUAGCCAUGGAGGGAGGUCUGCGCAUCGCCCCUGACCAGUGGUCCUCUCUGCUCUACGGGGACCAGUCGCACAAGUCCCACAUGCAGUCCAUUAUUGAUAAGUUGCAGACGCCUGCGUCAUUUGCACAGAGCGUGCAGGAGCUGACGAUAGCCCUACAGAGGACCGGUGAUCCUGCCAACCUGAACAGGCUCAGACCUCACCUAGAGCUGCUGGCCAACAUCGACCCUAGUCCAGAUGCUCCCCCUCCAACAUGGGAGCAGCUGGAGAAGGGCCUGGUAGCGGUGAAGACGGUGGUGCAUGGCCUGGUGGACUUCAUCCAGAACCACAGCAAAAAAGGCACGGAGCAGCAGCAGCCGCCGCAGCACAGCAAGUACAAAACCUACAUGUGCCGUGACAUGAAGCAGAAAGGGGGCUGCCCCCGGGGUGCCAGCUGCACCUUCGCCCACUCGCAGGAAGAGUUGGAGAAGUACCGUAAGAUGAACAAGCGUCUGGUUUCGAGACUUCCGUGCGGUCCCUCUCUGCUGCCCGAUGAAGACGUUCCUCUCGAGGGCUUGACCCGGAAACCUUCGCCUCUUACAAACGGUAUCGUGCCGCAGUGUCCAACCCCGGCGCCUCAGCUUCUAGCCCGCGGGCACGACCAGUCGCCGUACGAGCUCAUGCGCAAGGCCAAAAUGGACAGCCUGAGCGCUCCUGGAUCUCCACCUGACUCCUUGGAUAAAACCGGCCUGCCCCUGCCUCCUCAUGCAGUUGCCCACCAGAGAGCCGAGCACCUGCCCAUGCCCAAGCAGAUUCCUGGCAUGCCCCGUGGUGCUCCUCAACUCUACACACAACAGCAACCUGAGCUCUUCUACCCCGAGGCCCGAGCGCCAUCGGGAGCGCAGUAUGACGCCCAUUACUCUACUGGUGCCCCAUACCCCUACCAGCAGUAUGUGCCACCCCGCUACAUCCGUAACCCUCUACCCUCGGCCGAUGCCCCAUACCAAGACCCUUACUCUGCUUAUGGUCCCGAUCGUCAGUACCCGCCUCCUCACCACUCGGGCCCGCCCUUCUCAGGCGUCAAUGCCCACCCGUACCCGCCCCCCUCUCACUACGAUGCUCGCCGGCAAGGCCCGUACGCGACCCCGCCUCCGCCACCACCCCCUCAAUCCUUUGGUCCACCCCGAGACGAGCUGGUGCGCAUGAGCCCCGUGCCCUUGGAUGUGCCACCCACUCCAGGAGCACCCGCCUCUCUCUACCACCCUGCUCCGGCAUCCCGAGAGAGGUAUCCUCCAGAGGGCUACUACCCCCCUGCACCACAUCCUGGGCAAAUCAGGGCCCAUAUCAGGGAUCCGUACAGUCGCUCCCAGCCGAGCUUGGACUAUCUGCAUCGCAGGCGUAAGGAGCUUCUUAACCAGCUCGAGGAAAGGAAAGUCAUUUCUCCUCCACCGUUCGCUGCCUCUCCGACUUUGCCCGCUCACACCUUCCCUAACGAAUACCCUCAAGAGUACAUUGAGGACAGCUCCAAAGCGUUUGCAUCCCGCGAACCCGACUACGCGGGUCAGUACUCGCCGUGGUCAUGUGACACUAUCGGCUCAUACAUCGGCUCCAAAGAUCCCAAACCGAAAGAUGGCGUAAGCACGGUGGAAAUUAUGAGCAUGGAGGGGAAAGGUCUGAGAGAGCCACCUCUGGACGGACAGCGGCGGUCGGCGGACGCCAAAGACGACGAUCCUAUCAUCCCGUUUGGCCCUCUGCCCACUGUGUCGCCGUUCGGUGCCAUUUCCCGCACGUCAAAGACGGGCUUCCAGACCACGGGUCCUGUGCAGGCCAUUGCGUCCUCACAAGCUUCUGGAUCCAAACACAUCACCCUGGCAGCCGACUACUCCUAUGGAAACCACGGUGGCGGAUGGGGCAGUGUGUCGUACCCUCAGCACCAGAGCAUCCCCUCUUCAACCCACUUCAGUGAACGGCUGCCCGUGUCCACCUCUGAUCGAGAACAGCUGAAGAUUGAGCUCCAGCAAGUCAACCAGCAGAUCAGUCAGCAGACCCAGAUCCGCAGCAUGGAGGCUGCGAGUAACUCCAUGCUGCUGCAGCGCGAAGCCAGCGCUCUGAACUCUCAACCUCCAGCCGCUAAAUGGCCUGUAGGGGGCGUGGUAUCCAGCGAGCAGCUAAGCCUCGAGCUUCACCACGUCGAGAGGGAAAUCGGAAAGAGGACGCGUGAAAUCGCUCUGGAGAACCAGGUGACACAGGAAGUCCAGUACAAACUAAAAGCCACUGAAAACGGCCAGAGUGAUCAUAAAGCACAGCUGGAGGAGCUCUCCUUAGCACUGGGCGACGUGUCGAACGGCGUAAGCAGCAUGGCGCCGGCCAACAGCGUCCCGGGAGCCAUGCUGUCUCUGUCCAGUAAGACGUCUUCGCUCACACUCUGCUCCGGAGACCAAGCGGGAAGCGGAUUAGAGCUCCAAAAGAACGGUGUCGUUCAUUCUUAAGAGCGGCCGUAACCGUGCACACACACACACACACACACACACACACACACACACACACAGCCCUAGUCAAGGUUUGGUCAUUGAAGAGAAAUGCACCAAUAUAAUAUAAGGGUCAGACACACACACACACACCUGCAUGCUGUUACAUGCAUGCACAAGAACACUUGUUUUAUUUUAGAAAAAGAAAUGAGCAGUAUCUGCCGUGAUUACGAAUCUCGUUUUCCUUUUUGUUCUGUGAAUAAGGUUUUUUUUUUCUUUUCUUUUCUCUCUUCUUCUUCUGAAUGACUUCUCAUCACCUGGAAACCAGGGCAUCUGAUUAUUAUCCUGUAGUCCUUUUAUUAUUCCCUACUCAGCAUUUCCGAUUUUAAAUCAAGGUGAUAAAAAUGCAGCGUAGGAAAAGAAAAGCGUUCCGACUUCGCCUGAUGAUGAUGAUAAUAAUAAACCUGUGCAGGCCUGAAUAUGGGGAGACGGACCGGGCGUCUAGGAAAAACAUAGCACGGAAAAGCUUAUUAUCAGUCCAUUUUGUAUGGCGUUUCACUGCAGCUUUCCCGGCACCGUGUGUCACAAACACUGAGGUGAAUCGAUUGGACAAAGAAAAAAUGAAAAAAACGAAAGAAACGGACCGGUGCCGCGUCGUCCGGCGAACACGAGGGUUCGAGAUAAACGGAAUCAAUCGUACGAUUUCAUUUAAUUUAUGGUUUUGGCUAUAGAACUGUUCACAAUUUCUACGUCCGGAACGUUCUGUUUUAUAGAACGUGUGCAAAUGUCUAUAAAAAAACCUAAACAAACAAAAAAAAAGCACUUUCUUCCACCUUUUUCUAUACGCGCAUGUACUUUUUCUUUUUUUUUUAUUAUUAUUCUUAUUUAAGGAAGAACAUCAUUUUUUGAUCCUCGUGUUCACCAGAUGGGGGCAGCACCACCGUUUCUUGGCGAAGCAAGGGUCACACGUGGAAAGGGGUGGGUUUUGUGGGGUAAGUCACGUGGAUCACGGCCUUCGUUCACGUCAACGUUUUGUUCCCCGUCAGUUCUCCCUGACUUCUGUGAAGUUGCUUACAUGGGUUUUCCGGUCACGUUCGCGUAUUCAGGUCGGCCGCUGCACAGGCACGAGGAAACCGUAAAGCCAAAACGUUUCUGAAAUGGCGACGUUUGAAAAAAGCGAUCACGUGUGUAACCGAACUCUUCGCUCGAGCGCAUCACCUCGCUGUAUGCUUUUCUUUUUUUUUUUUUUGCACAUAACGACAUUCAGCCGAACAGGACUUUGCCCCAGAAACUUGCUCACGACAUGGACAAGCUCCGAAGUCUUCCUAUAGUGAUGACAUUCUUCACAUUUCGUUCUAGUCUCUUGAGACCGACUAUGAUAUUAAAGCUCCAAUUUUGGGUGCAACCUCUUAACGUGUAACCUUUUCGUCUCGGUUUAUAUCGUCGUGCUCUAGGCGUCGUGAUUUACUGUUGAAUGAUUUCUAGUCAUGGUUGUGUGUGUUUAUUUUUUUUAUUUAUUAUUCUUUAUUGCUCGAGAAGAGUAGCUUUUUUUUUCCCCUUAUAAUCGAGUAGCGUGUAUUUCUCGCACUAGACGAGUCGACUUGCGAUUAUUCGUAGCUUUUUGACAAGUUAAAAUCUUGCUGAGCAAAAAUCCCCGGCUUGCUUCCAGACGUCAGUCGCUCGAUGCAUUAUAUGACCUUCGGGGUUUUUUUUUUAAUUUUUUGGUAUUUUCCAAAUUACACUAUUUUCAAUACACUUUAACUUCUCAAAGGUGCCAACGUUGAUCACGAGAAAAUCUUAGCGCGCCGAUCAGAGCGAAGCGAUGAUUCGAGAAGUUUUUUUUCUGUAAUUCGCGUUUUUUCACCAGAGUUUUGUAGUUUGAGUGAACAAGCUCCAAAAGGGAUAAACAGGCCUGUUCUCCGGUCGAUCCUGGUCCCUCUGCGGCUAUUUGCAAACCCGUUAAAGCUCACGUACAAGCAAGAGAGUUUUCCUAGCGGCUGCAUGGGAACGUAUCAAAAUUUGUGGAACGUCGGGUUAAACCUUUUCACCGAAAAAAGAUUUUGAAUUGUUUUCCCACACGUGUGCGACGGAAAACCCCGGAGGCCGUUUUUUUAUUCUGAUGGUGGGCGAAUUUUGUGCCGCACGUAUUUAGGAUAAAUCAGUAAAUUGGUUUGAGGAUUUUUCUCUCUUUUUUUUUUUUUUUUUUUGUAGGUUGAGUUGAUCGUGGUGGGUUUCUUUUUUUAUUUUUACGUUUUUACAGACGACAUCAUGUCCGUGUCCGUCCACUCAAACGCAGUGGCACGAGACUCCCUUUAUAUAAAAGUUUUGUGCAUGAUUUAUUUUUCCCUGCUUUUCCCCCCGGAGAGCACGGCUCUCUUCACGAGCCUGUUCCUAACGGGUGAUGUUCAUUUCUCGAUCGUGUCCGUUUUCAGCGGACUUGUAGCACUCGUUUAAGCCACAAAAAGUGAAUUAACACUUUUUUCUUCUUCUUCUCUUUCGCCGUCUCAAACCUUAACACUGUUACCGAUGUGUCUACGGAGUUUCCUUCUUUUUUUUUUAUUCCUUAAAAAAGUCGUAGCGCCUUUUUUUUUUUUUAUGAUUGCUUCUGAUCGUCUUGUUUAAAAACAAAGGAAAAAUUAAAUUAAUUUGAAAAAAAGAAAAAAAAAAAAAGGUACAGGCUUGAUUUCAAACAAGGACAGGUUUUUAUAUAUAUCGAUAUAUAAACUUUAGAUUAUACUCCAUUAAGGAAUGUUUAGAACCAUCUUACUCCGAUGUGGAUGUAGCCAUUAUUACGCCAUUUUAUGACUUUGUAAAACGAAUUCACUGUGUGAAAAUUGGUUUGCAUUUUUUUGUAUAAUACAAUCUGCUCUUUUUUUUAUGCUUUGAGACGUGAAACUGGACGUUUGGAGGGAGGAGGACGUGGGGAGAAAAAAACCAUGUGAUUAUUUAAAAAAAAAAAAAAAAACUUGUGUAUGACAGCGAGCGAUUAUAAACGAGAGGACGGAUUAAACCAUAUUGACACGA